AUGGCAUACCGUUUCCUACGUUCAUACCGAGGACCAGUGAAGGGCGUUAUACUGGACUGGAGUGGAACAACGGCUGACAAAUACGUUUUAGCGCCAGCUGUUGUGUUCGUAGAUGUUUUCGAAAAACACAAGGUACCUAUCAGCAUGCCCGAGGCACGGGGACCGAUGGGUCUGAGGAAAGAUCUUCACAUUAAAGCCAUCACAGAAAACAACGACGUAAGGAAAAGAUGGCAUGACGUAUAUGGAAAGUUUCCUGAUCAGGGUGACGUAGACAACAUGUUUAAAGACUUCGUUCCCAUGCAGUUGGCGUGCUUGAGGAAGUACACAACUUUAAUACCAGGUACAGCUGAAACCUGUAAAACUCUGAAGAAUGAGUUUAAUGUUAAGAUUGGCAGCACAACAGGAUUUCUCCGCUCAAUGGUGGAUGUACUAUUGGAGGAAGGGCGGAAACAGGGGUAUCACCCGGAUGUAACUGUUGCUGGUGAUGAGGUUCAAAAUGGCGCCCGUCCAAAACCGCAUAUGGUAUUUAAAAACAUGGAUCUGUUGGACUUGAAUCCUAUAGAAGCCGUUGUCAAGGUCGACGAUACCAUUUCUGGCGUCGGCGAAGCACUCGAAGCCGGAUGUUGGGGAGUAGGUGUUGCUAAAUAUAGUAACUACAUGGGAGUCGAUAGUUUAGAAGAAGCCGAUGCUCUCACACCUGAGGAGGAAGAAAAGAGAUGUCAAGUCUCGCGGGAUUUACUUAUCAAAUCUGGCGCUCAUUACGUAAUUGACUCUAUUGCUGAAUUACCAGAAGUUAUCGAGGAUGUUAACCGACGUUUAGCAAGAGGAGAGAAGCCGUAAUUCAUGUGUAACUUUCUUCGCCUUAAAACAACUAUUACGACAGAUAGAUUCAUAUCGAUUCACAAGGUCAUGCGUCAAUGGUUGUUUGAAGCGAUAUCCGGUUCA